UUUAUUAUAAAAUGCACGUGUGCAAAUUCAAUAAGAAAAUACAUAGUUUGCAUAUUUGUAUGACUUGAUCCUAAAAUGCAUAUAUAUCUGGCAACACUUCAUGAGAAAAACAAGUACAUAAUAAAAUAUUAAUUUCAUGCACGUCAAAGCUUUGAGCUUUUUCACAUUUAGUAGCCUACUUCUUUUAACGUUAAAGUAAUGUUUAGUCUUUAAGUUUUAUAGGCUAUAGGAGAGCCUAUCGCAAUUAGAUUUCAGAGAGUUGUGUCUGCCUCCAUUACUGCGUCGUUUCUGACAUCUACUGGGUUCCGCUUUGCGCAUGUGAAAAAAAUAAAUAAAGAUACACUACCGGAUGCGUUUAGUUUUGGUUUUAACUCAACUUGCUGUCAACCCGGAAAGAGGCUGCGCUCACUUCUAUCAUGCGCCAGCGCACAGGGUUCGGCUCUCCGCGCUGCGCUUUCAUCUGUUUUCGCGGAUAAAUGUGUGCAGUUAUUGUGUCCUGAGGCGCACCGAGCAUUUAACACACAGGAGAACGCGGAUCUGGGACAUGCCUUACCUGGACAGACAAAAUCGGACCUGUGGAUUCCUGGAUAUCGAGGAAAAUGAAAACAGUGACAAGUUUUACCGCCGUUAUUUUAUCUUGGAUACUGAUAAGAAUUUUCUGCUAUGGUACAUGGACAAUCCACAGAACUUACCUGUGGGAACAGACUGUGUUGGAAGUUUGCGACUCAGUUACAUUUCAAAGGUUAAUGAAACAUCAGUUAAGCAGAAACCGAAGGCAGAGUUCUGCUUUGUAAUAAAUGCUUUGUCCAGACGGUACUUCCUGCAAGCAAAUGAUCCUGUGGACUUGAAGGAAUGGGUCAUUGCCUUGAAUAAUGCUACCAAAAUUACAGUUCCAAAAGUAUCACCAGUGGCUCAGACCUCUGACGUUACAAAUGUUUCAAACCCAAGUCAGUCAACAUCUCGACUGGCUUACAAAACAGAAAUUGUCGGAGGUGUGGUUGUGCACACACCUGUCCAGCAGAGCGAUACUGAGGAUGUCUUUGUGAGUGAAUCGGCAUCACAUCUCACUUUAAGGAGAUGCCAGAGCAUGCGUCCCAAUAUUGUGAGGGCUGGCUACUGUGUCAAACAAGGCAACGUGAGGAAGAGUUGGAAGAGGAGGUUUUUCAUUUUAGAUGACCAAACUGUGAGCUACUAUAAAACUGAAAUGGAUAAGGAUCCAUUGCGCAGUAUUCGACUGAGAGAUGUGCUAAAAGUUAACGAAUGCCUUGUAAAAUCAGGGGAUUUGCUGUCCCGUGAUAACCUCUUUGAAAUAAUCACAAGUACUAGAACCUUCUACAUCCAGACAGACACCCCAGAAGAUAUGAAAGGCUGGAUCAAGGAUAUUGCCUCAAAAAUUCAAGACUUUAGAGGACCUUCUAAGUAUCGUGGUUCUAAAAAAGUAUUUUCUGCACCGGGGAAACCUCAGCUUGUCAAGUCUUGUUCCAUGGCAGAUUCGUGGCAACCCUGGACCCCUGUUCCCAAUCAGGAGAAGCGUUUGAAGGAAGAGGGCCAAAGAGAGGGUCCAUACAGCUCUCUCCCCUCCCUCGCACACCCUGGCCACAUCUCUCUGUCACAAACUCGUCAACGGCACCAUUCGCAGCCUCAGUUCGCUCCCAUUGAUACAGACUUUCCCGAAUGCCUCGACAAUCUCCGCACCACUGAUGUUUAGUUGCUUUAACGGAUACUGCUGGCCAGCACACGGAUAGUGUUAUGAUUUUAUUCCUUUGUUUUUGCUUUUUCUUGUUUGAUGGAGCAUACACAAUUUUGCAGCAAGACUGCAAAUAAUUAAAGCUGUGCAAACAUGUAUGUGCUCAUUGCAAUGCUGUUCACCCACCUUAAAGGAAUGUCUCUUUUUAGGAAUGUAAAAUCAGGAAGGAUCAGCUGGUGAAAAGUUUCUUUAGUAAGAUUUCAGCAACAUGUCUAUAUUUUUACCAAUCCAAAAGUCUGAGAUCAUGAAAAUGCUUCUAUUUUAGCAUUGGUCUAAUUUAAUCCAAAUAUCUUUAGUAACAUUUUACAAUAAGGUUAAAAUUAGCAGUAGUUAACAUGAACUAACAAUUAAGCAACACUUUUGCCGCAUUUGUUAACGUUGGUUAAUAUCGACAUUAAAUACAUUUUAACACUAGUUAAUGCAUUAUGAACUACCACAAACUUACAAUAGAACAUUUAUGAAUUAACAUUAACCAAGAUUAAUGAAUGCUGUAAAAAUUAUUGUUCUUUACUAGUUCAUGAUACAUAAUGCAUUAACUAAUAUGAACACACAUCUUUAUUGAAAAGUGUUACCCAGUUUUGUUACAAACAUGAAUGUCAGCAUUUCGUACAAGCUGAAGGGCAUCAGAGCAUCUUGCAUUCUUCAGUGUAAGCAAGGAAAUCAGACCUUUUGUACAAAUUAGUUACAAUGUUUGUGACAAAUUUGCUUACAUUUGAUUAGUGACUUAGAAAUACAGCAGAAUCCUAAAUACUAUUUAUUGAUUUUACACAGUAUGUUUUUUUAUUGUUUUAAAUCUGUCAACACUAAAACGCUUAUUUCAAUAUUAUAUAUAUAUAUAUAUAUAUAUAUAUAUAUAUAUAUAUAUAUAUAUUCCCCGAUUUUCAAUGUGGGCUCAGACUUUUGGAUCCCGAUAUACAGUUGGUACAUCUGAUAGAAUUCAGUCAAUGCACUGGGCUUGAUUUUAUAUUAUUUUGAAGACAUUUUGGCCUCAACAUCACUAAUGAAGUCACUUGAAGGAUUGUGGAAGUGCAGUGAUCUUUCCUGAUUAGGCUACUACCAGGCAUUCUUUGACCUGGAUGUCUGAAAAUAUAGUCAUAUUUUCAUACUGAUUCUUUAAAAUGACUGAAACCUUCAUAUAAUGCUUUAUUUUGAUUUGGUUGUGAAUGGUACUAAAUGUUGAAGAAGUCUGUAAUGUUGAUUAGGCUACUCAUUUGUAUGCGUAUUUGCUUGAUAUGCAUCGUUGCUUUGCAUACGAAAUAAACCAGUCUGUGACGUAAAAUAAACCACGGACUUUGUCUAGUCGUUGUAAAGCUUUAGCCAGUUCCUCCACCAGUCCGGAACGGCGC